AUGCUAUCAUAUUGGGCCAUCCUAGCAACUGCAUCAGUUGGUGUCACAGCCGAAUUGACGCUGGAUCCAAAGUUAAAAUACUGGGUCUUAUUACCCAUUUCCAUUGUGAUGGUCUUAGCUGGUAUACUACGUCAAUAUAUCACUGUAUUGAUUACUCCAAAAUUGAAAGGUCAGCCAAGGGUGAAACUCACAGAAUCACAGUACACAAUCAAAGCACAGGCAUUACUAGCCAACGGAUCCAAUCUAAGUAAAGAAUCCUUUGAAUUGAGGAAAGACUAUUUGGCUCAAGUGCUAACGGAAGGAAAAUAUCUUGCCAUUGAAAAUAAGGCUGAUGCCCAGCCAUUAAAUCCAUUGAAUGAUCCGACAUUGACUGACUCUAUGAUGGCCAUGGCGAAGGGUAACAUGGCUAAUUUUAUUCCGCAAACUUUGAUCAUGUGGUGGGUUAACCAUUUCUUUGCAGGAUUCGUCUUAAUGAAAUUGCCCUUCCCUUUAACAUUAAGAUUCAAGGAAAUGUUACAAAGCGGUGUCAUGACUUCGGAAUUGGAUGUCCGUUGGGUUAGUAGUAUUUCAUGGUACUUCAUUUCUGUUCUUGGGUUAAACCCUGUUUACAACCUUCUGCUAUCCGAAAAUAGCGAUGAUUCCCUUGGAAUGUUACAACAGGAUCCCAUGAUGGGUGCUCCAGGUGGUCCACAACCAGCUGAUAUGAUGAAGGCAUUAGCUAAUGAUUUAACCAUCGCAAAACAUGAAAGUUGUUUGACAAAUGUUGAAGAAAGGGUGCUUAAAUUGUACAGCAAAAAAUAA